CUGGUCUGUGAAUGUUUAUGUCUUAAGAGGGAAUCCCAGUGACACCCCAGCCCUGGUCCUUUCAUCUUCUCCACACUGAUCUCAGAACAGUUGCCAGGCACAGUUGAUGAGGUCACGUGACUCACCAGCACUAGACCACCUGGGUCGUGGUUCAUGGGCUCCUCAUGCUGGUGCCCCCACCCGCUCCUCCCUGCCCCCACCCCAGGUGAUAUUCUGGUUCAGAAUGUGGGGCAGAGUCGGCGUGAUACCCGAACUGCGCAGAGCUGUUAGCAGGUGGAGCUGUAGAGCCAUACCGCUUCCUGUCAGCAGGUGAAGCCACUUCCUGUGAGCCCGUUGUGAGCGUGGAGCUGAGAGCUCGAGUCAGAGCUGUCACUCGCUCUGAGCAACUGCCGUAGGAACCCAACCAUCGUGAAGAGAGAGAGAGAGAGAGAGAGAGAGAGAGAAAGAGUGAGAGGGAGAACAAGCAAGAGAGGACCAGCGAGAGAAAGAACCAGGGACAACUGAAAAGGGACAGAGAUGGAUUUUCGGAGUGCAGGUGUAGCAGUGUUCCUGGCUUCUUUGAUCUCAUCUACAGAUGCUGAAAACUGGGGGGGUAUUAAUGACCCUAAAUUCUGUUAUGCCCUGGACGUGGUCCUCCUAGUGUACUGUGUGGCCAUCACAGCUCUGCUUCUUCGAGAGAAGUUCUGCAAACCCAAAGCCAGCCUCCAAGACAGCCUGUAUUCGGACCUGAAACCCCACGGCGAGUCAUAUGAGCCUCUGAGGCCUCGGAACGAUCUGGAGAUGGGAGCCGCACGGACCAACCGCAGGCAAGCUUCCGAUGAUGUGUACACGCCGCUGCAGAAACCCAAUAUGGAGACCUACAAUCAGAUCCACAUGAAGCCAGAGCGACGCAGAAACAAAACUGAACAGGUGUACCAGGAUUUGAGCACCGCUACCAAGGACACCUACGACUCUCUGCACAUGCAGAACUUGACACACCACCGCUAAGAAAAACACCUGACCUCUGACCUUUCCACAGUCAACCAAUGGGAGGUGGGCAGCCUUGACCCGCGCAGGGAAAUUCAACCAAUCAGUGACAAGAUUGAACAGUUUAUUUUUAACGCUGGAACGUGCUGAGAUAUUUUCGCGUGAAUGAUCACGGAUCCUUUGCAUAAUUAUUAAGUGUUGCUUCAUUACUAUUCAUGAAUAUAUACAAAACGCUUCCCAAAUCGAUAUGCUAUUCAUAAAUACACAUUUAAAUACAUAAAAAUAUACACUGAAAUUAAUGUCCAGUGUUACCCAUUUCACUCAUAUAUUUGUCAUAAUUGUUUCUUUACUGUGAUCAAAUUUUUGUUAUCGUAUUCAUUCUAUCAUAGAAUCAUGAUACAAAGUAGGAAGUAGAGCGCAACUAAGACAAUGUACAAGGAUAAUUAUGCACCCCAACACACAUAACCACCCCCCCAACCCCAAGCACACGUGUACAUAUAUUAUCUCUCCCUCUCUCUCUCUCUCCCUCCCUCUCUUUCUCCCGCCUCCCACCCUUCCCUGUCUCCCUCCUUCUUUCUCUCCCUCCCUCCCUCCCUCCCUCCACAUGACCCUGUUAUCCUAAAAAAGAUUUCAGCAGCAUCUUUUAUUCCUGUCACCAUUCAUGUGAGCCACUGAGGUCAUUAAGCACAAAUCCACAAAGAAGAGUAGGCACCGUUACUAUGGUAACGUGUGGAAUCUGCCAUCAAAUGGCCACAGUGACCCUGCAGGUCAUAUGAAGUACUGCACAUUACACAAACGAUUCGAGUUUUAUGCGUUUCAAUGGUUUCAGAUGAAUUUCACUUUCUGUGUUAAAUAACUUUCCCUAUACUUCCUUGUGAUUAUAUACUGUCCAUAAUCGUGUACAUAAUUUCUCAUCCGAGUAGGAAAAUCACAUAUUUAAACUCUCGCAUUAUCUCUCGCUAUCCGAUGUAAGACUUGUAGGUUUGCAUUUUGUUGAAUUCCUGUGAAAUAAAAUAAAAAAUUUACGUUUCAUGGCUUUAAGUA